AUGGCAGAAAUCUGGAGCAUAUAUAUUGGUCUUAAAUUGGUUGGUGAUCUUGGUUACAAAAGAGUAGAGGUAGAGACUGAUUCUAGCAAAGCUGUGGAAUGUAUUAGCAAAGGAGGAAAUGUGAAUAUGGCUGCUGGAAGCUUGGUGAAUCAAAUCAAGAAUUUGAUGUUUGAUAUAGUUGAUAUGCAUCACAACUAUAGGGAAGCCAACAAGUGUGCCAAUCUGCUUGCUCAUGAGGGUAAAAAAGUAUUAGGAGACACCAUUUUUUAUGGAGAUAUUCCUCCUUGGUUAGUCCAUCUUGUGGAUGGAGAUUCUAGUGGAAUUACUUCUGCUAGACUUAUUGCUUUGUAG